UAACAGAUACCAAUCUAUUCAUCUAUAGCGCACUUCUAGAUGCCAGCAACAAUGCUAAUUACGCCUACUUGGAAUUUGACAAAACAUGUUAUCGUUAAAACUGAGCUAAAAGCAGAUCAAACCGAAUCUACAAACAAUCUAGCCGCAUUCGGCGCUCCUCGCUACGAAGGAUCGUAAUUCGCACGAUAACAUCAGCGACAUGUAUAUUUCUUCUCAUAUAUCGCAUGAAGAACUGUCAUUCAGAAUUCGCAGAAGUCGCAGGCUGCGCGCAGUAGAUUCUCGAUAACUGCGACGGACGUCAGCGUGCCCGAUCAGAUCAACGUCAUCCUACGGAGAUCCGAUGGUGAAUCUGAAAUGACCAGUUCUGAACAUGAAGAGGAGUUCUGAGUGGUUCAAAGAGUCGUGAUCGACAAUUGCGAAAGAAGCAAAUCGCUCGGUCCACGUCGGUCGAAGAACUCGGAAGCUUCUACUUCUGGCCUGGGAUGGACUAACCCGAUCUCCCGAUGAGAGACGAGAGGACAGGAGAGGAGAGCGUGGACCGGAGUUUGAACCGGAGCGGGCUUUCGGCAAUCGAUAGGCAAGCUCGUGAGAGGUCGACUGCGCUCGUGGAACUUCGCACGUCCACUAAUCAAUCCGCGGGCGUUCUCGCGCUUAUCAACAAGUGCCGCAUACAUCUGACCCGGGUAGAGCCGGUAGCCACGUCGUUGACGCCGCUCGUUGGCUGGCUGGUGCGCUAGUCGUGAGGUUCCCCGAAGUCGUGUCACGUCGGCAGUCAGCAGUGCCAAGCCAGGAUCGUAACGAUCACACCAUUCCGGCGCGUUCCGGUGUCCUUGCGCCAGGAUAUCGCGACGGAGCAGUGCGCGGGUCAGGUGGGUCGCGGCUUCUCCUGGUGUCGCGGUCUUCGUCGUCGACGAAAACCAGCCUCUCGCCGCCCGACUCUCUCUUCGUGUUCGUCAGGGCGUCGCGUCGCGUCGCGUCGCGGCGUGGUUUACUUUAAUUGAUAGUUCGGUCGCGCGGCGACUUAACGACGCGUUUCGUCCUUUCCCCUGGCGAGAGUGUCCUCGUGCCGGCACGCCGCACGUGAAUGAGCACGCGCCAGCGUGACAGCCGCACGCGAUUUCCUCCUCGAGUUGCUCGUUUCCGUCUCUUCGAUCCAUCGGCUAAUUACGCGAUUCCGUGCGAUCCGAUUUUCCUUGCGGCUUCCUCGGAGCGCCAUUCAACGGAUAAGUAUGUCGCGCACGUACGUCGCCGGAGAGACGAGGUUUCUCUAUCGCCGGGUAUCGAUCGAGCUGCUAUCGAGUUCAAUUCGUCCGCGAGAAUUUAGAUGGCCCGAGGGCGCGCUGAUCUACGAUAAACGCGAUCUCGCUAUUUUCAGACACCACCGCCGUAAAUCGUCUCGCUUUGACAAUCGGGAUCGAGUAUCUUCAGCCGCGGAUCUUGGCAUUUUUUACGCUAUUUCGGUUGCUGAUGGCAGCGAAUGGUCAUGGUCGGAGCCUGGCCUGCUCUCGGCUUCGACCGACACCGCCGCUCGCUUCCGGACUUUCCGCGGCUUCGGAGUCGCCGCGUCUUCUUCUCGUUUUGGAGAAUCUCAGUGUGUCAGCUUGUCUCCGAAUAAUCUCCCCGCCAGACGAGGUGUGUCGCAAUGCACUACUCACCUGCCGCCCGUAACUCAUCCUCGACAUCGUCUCGCAUUCUAGCGGAACCGAUGCUGCCCGCGGGAGACUGAUAGCGUCACGGAAGUAUUUUUCAGCUUUUGGCAAAGUCCGCGCGGUCCUGCGAUGGCGCUCGCUGAAUAAACAGCAAUUAUUCUGCUUCGCGGGCUUUCGCGGCGCGCGAUAAACGCGCGAUAAACGGGGAGAUCUCAAAGGUCAGACGGGCAGCUCGCUCUGCCAGAUGCUGCUCUAUUUCGGAGAGCAUUUAUUCACGCUUCUGGAAAUACUUGUCCAACUCUCCCUGAAUUUCGAGAAUGCCCAGAGAUCUGAUACAUCGCGGAAAUGUCACCGAAUUUGGGAACGCCCGUUGCAUCGAAGGAAGUCGCAGUCGCGCGCGGUAUUCGAAGUAGACGCGAGAAUCUCGCGAUUGAGAGCCAUUAUUCCCGCUGCGUUAUGCGGGCCAAUCUGGCCGAUCUGAUCGAUGCACGCCAGGACGCUGGAGCAGACGCGAGGGUGCUCUCUCGCGGGCGGGAGAAAGGUGGCGCGGAUUUCGAAAAGCGGCCGUCGCUAAGAAUAGACGCGCCUCUUCGUGCGUGAGCGGCUGUGCUUUUAAACAUAGUUUUGGCAGGGAGAAACGUCAAAACGCCUCGGAGUGGCGAAGCGCGAGGAUCGCCUCGCGAAUUUCGCUCUCGUACUCUCGCGCUCGCCGAGGAACUCUCGCCUGGCUGCUGUCUCUCUUUGUUUGUUCUGUCUCCUCCUGUCUCAGCUUCCAUCCGGCGUGUAAAAUCCACCUCUCUCCUCCUCCCGUAGAUCUCCUGUCCUGUCGGUUGUCGCUCGGUUUCCCCCGGAAACGUCCGCGUUCUCUUUGACAGAGGUGCUGGUGAAUGGAGACGCGACUAUGAGAGGUGCGUCGCAGAAGAGCGACAAGGAGAACCAACGACCCAUGGCGACGACGCAGCCCACCGUCGACGACGAAGACACGGCCGACGUCCAGCAGGAAGAGUAAAGAACCUAGAAGACAGAGUUUGUGAUGUCAGCGGGUAACAAAAGCGCGGACGAGGCUGUGAGCGACGCGCUGUUGGAGAAGCUCCGAGCGCACGCGGCUAAGCCGCAAGAAGCAGCCGAGGCGUUCCGGACGGUCCUGGCCAAGAUUCACGCGCGUGUCACUUCGUCAGACCGGCGGAUACGCGAGCGCACAUUGGAGAAGCUCUGGCAGAAGAACUCCGGCGCGAUGGAGUCGUUCAUGGUGGCGCUGGAGACCUGCAAGGAUCACGUCGCCGACUGCAGUAUCACCGGCAUUCUGCACGAAUGCAUAUCGCCCCGAGCGAGCAAGAGCAAGUCCAAGAAGAAAGGCAGCAAGAACAAAAGUGCCACAAGAACCAGUAGCCGAAUGGCGGUCAUUCAACUGAUCAACUUGGGUAUCACGCAAGUCCUAGUUAAACUUUUAAUAAAUCUCCAACACGCAGACACCAUCACGAACGAAAUGCUCACCCAAGACAUCCUCAGUAUUUUGGGCCAGGUGGCGCAGAGGGACCAGAAGUUCGUGUCGAAGAUGAAAUUGCUCAAUUCCAUCAAAGUGUUCCAUACGCUGCUAAGACAGCACUAUAACAACAGCAAGAUAUUACUGCCGUUGCUGUUGAUCAUCAAGACUCUCGCGAAAAACCCUUUUUCCUUACAAACCCUGGUGAAGGACGGCAUCGCCAAUACCUUGGAGAAAACGUUCGUCAGCGUCGGCUAUACACCGCACUUGAAAUUGAGAACUCUGUUGGAAUGCCUCAAGCACUUCACGACCAACAAGCUCUGCUGCAAUAAACUCGUCAAAGUGGGAAUAGUGCACCUGCUGAUGCGAAUAUUCGAAAGGUGGGAGCGCUUCGACGGCCCGAUGCGACUGAAAAUUUGUAAUUACGCCCUGAACACUCUUCAGCAUCUCUGCGUGAUAAAAGCCGGCAGGAAGGCUAUCAAGUCGAACAACGGCCUACAGCUACUGUACCGGUUCUGCACGAACUGUCCGGAGGACAAAGCCUACGACUGCCUGCUGUCUCGUAUUUGCGGUAUAAUCAAUCAGUGUCUGGAAAAGAAGGAAUUACCGGUGCCCGAAAUGUCGCCCGCGAGAUUCGUUUUGCCCGAAGUGAAUGUCAGGGCGAAUAGCGCUGAAAGCGGUAGCGACAUCGACAGCCAGGCGAACAGCGUGGUGUCGGCCGGCAGACUGUACAGCGAUCUGGACUCCGGCGAUGAUGAGGAGGAGGAGGAGGAGGAAGAAGAGAGCCACGACUCCAGAAACACGAUCGACAACGCGAUCUACAUGAGCGACGAGGUGGACGAGGGCAAAUUCUUCGCCGGGGUCUUCACGUCGCAAAGGUCCGAGGAGGAUCUCGUUGGGUAUCACACGUUCUUCCGCGAACUGGGCGGCCUGCGAUCGCAGCUGCGCAUCGCCGGCUCAUCCGCCGCCAAGCUAAGCGAGUUUGGCUUCAUCGAGGACGAUCAAACGGACUCGCAGCAGCUGACGAGGAGGACUGGAAAGGCCAAGACACCCCCGAGGGAUUUCACGAGACUGAACGGCACGACGAAGCAGCAACCUGUGACGGGCGACAGGCACCGAUUGAAGAUCCUGGAGGACGCGUCGGCCGAGCUGACCGACCAGGACGCGUAUUGCGCGAUGGCGAGCAGGGUGAGGAGCGUUAUCGGCUUCGUGAAGGUCGCCUAUCCGGACUGGAUCGGCGGCGAUGGGUCGAGGGAAGCCGAGCCGCUCAACACCAAGGACCGCAAGGUGUGCCGCGCGAAAUUGCUCACCUGCGUGGAGCGCGGUCUCCACGCCUCCACCGUCCAGGAAGUCGUUUACGACCUCGACGCUGUCGCGAGUCACGCCUGCCGCCAGGGGCGAGACGCGAGGCCGCUCGACAACUGCGACGAGAAGAGGCUCGGCAAGCGCGCCUCGCCGGAGACGAAGCAGUUGCAAUUCGAGUCGAGAUUCGAAAGCGGAAACCUCAGGAAAGCCAUUCAGAUUGGCCCGCGGGAGUACGACCUCAUCCUGACACCGGACGUCAACAGCGGCUCCCGGCAUCAGUGGUUUUACUUCGAGGUCUCCAACAUGGAGGCGAACGCGCCGUACACGUUCAACAUCAUCAACUGCGAGAAGGCGAACUCGCAGUUCAACUUCGGCAUGAAGCCGAUACUGUUCAGCGUGACGGAGGCGAAAUGCGGCCGAGCGGGCUGGGUGAGGACCGGCGUCGACAUUUGUUAUUAUCGGAACUGUUACCAGCGGCCAGCCCGGGGCAAGACCUACCUGACGACGUCCUUCACGGUCACGUUUCCUCACGCGCACGACGUUUGUUACCUGGCCUAUCACUUCCCCUACACGUACAGCCAGCUGAUGACCAAUAUCUGGAAGUGGAUGAGGAGGAGCGCCAACGCGAAGCUUUAUUUCCGCGCGGAGACGCUCUGCGAGACUCUCAACGGCAAUGAGAAUCCUGUGCUCACCGUCACGUCGCCGGAUUCCAGGAGCAACCCCAUACAUGGCCGCAAAGUGAUCUUCUUGACGUCCAGGGUGCACCCUGGCGAAAGCAACGCCUCGUGGGUAAUGCACGGAACGCUCAAGGCCCUCCUGAGCGACAGCCAAUACGCCUGCAGCCUACGCGACGAUUAUGUGUUCAAAAUAAUUCCUAUGCUAAAUAUAGAAGGAGUCGUGAACGGCUGCAAUCGGUACGGCCUGACGAACGAGGACCUGAACCGGCGCUGGAGCAAUCCCAACCAGGUGUACCAUCCGGUGAUCUAUCACACGAAGGGCCUGAUGGAGUACUGCGCGAAGGUGCUGCAGCGGCCGCCCCACGUUUUCGUCGAUUAUCACGGCCACUCGCGACGGAAGAACGUGUUUCUGUUCGGUUGCUCAAGGUCGGGUUCCUGGAGCGCCGCGGACAGGACGAAACCGGACCAGCCGGUGCAGUAUUUGAUGUUACCGCACCUCAUGCAGAAGACCUCGCCGGCUUUCGCUUUGCCACUGUGCUCCUUCAAGGUCGAGAGGAACAAGGAAUCCACCGCCCGAGUCGCCGUGUGGAGGCAGUUGGGCGUUGCGAGAAGCUACACGAUGGAGAGCAGCUUCUGCGGCUGCGAUCAAGGAGCUCUGGCGGGCCUGCAUCUCACCACGGAACACCUGAAAGCUAUAGGCAGGGAUUUCUGUCAAGCUUUGUCCAUGAUGAAGGACGGCGGCGACGACUGGGCCGUCGAGAAAUCGACGGAGCAGGCCUGCUGUCCGAGAAUGUGCGUCUUGCGAAAUUCAAAGAGGGUCCCGAAAUGUAUUCAGGAUAAACACGCUGUACAUCAUACCGCGGCGCUUCCUUAGCGGCAGAGAUAGCCGAGCGAUAGCGUUGCAAAGGAUCCCCGCGGGGGAGCAUAUUUCCGAGGAGUCGAGAUGCAUGGACGACAAAGUGUCCACCAGCAGCGAGUCGGACGAGUCCGACUACGAGACUUAAGACCGGAGCCGCACCUCCGUUCACGUAUGACAGGCCGAGUGCAUCCCCAGGAAGAAAUUCAUCAUGCAUAUUUAAUCGGCGGUGCGCGCGAACAGACGCGUAGACGCGUUAAAUGCGAAACGAUCGUAGAAAUUCCCGUUCCCACGGCGGCUGGCGAUUAGCGCGCGCGAAGUGUGCUGUCACUCAUGGGGGGAGUAUUGUAAACAAUGUUUAUUUAAAACCGGUAACAAAUGUUUAGAGCUACUAGCUAUGAAAAUAUUAUACCUAUGUCUACAUCUAUUUGUACAUAUUUUCAGAAAAUUAUUAUUGCUUUGCAAAUUAAAUUUAUAACAGACACGAUUAUCCGCUGUAGAUCCAACACGGGAGAUGAUCAACUACUUAAGUUAAUGUGGCCGCGUGUGUGUGUCGGGUAACGAACAAGUGGCUCGGUAGGAAGGAAAUUUGGAGAUUUUGAAA